UUUGGAUAAUGGAAUCAUACACAAUUGAAAGUGUUCAGUCCUUCUUUGAACGAAACAACAUUCAAGCGAAUAUUAACGCCAAACACUUUAAUAAAUAAGAAUAUGUGAAUCAAUAUUAGAACUAUCGGGCUUAACCAGCAUGAAAGGCAUGAUAGCAGAAUACCCUUGUACACUUGAGCAAGAAAAGAUAUUAAGACUAUUUUUAAGCAAGAGAGAUCCAGAGUAGAAAAUCAGAGAAAAGCUAGCACGAAUCUAUUCAGUUUUGGAAAAGGGGUGCUAAAGGAUGAAUAUAUAAAUAAAGACAGAAAUAUUAUGAAGAAGCCAGAUAAUAGAGCUGAUGUUGCACAAGAAGUACAAAAAGUGUUUGAAGGAGCUCCUGACCGGAACUCUGAAAUCCCACCUAUCCAAGUUAGGAAAUAUAAGACUCCAAGUUUGAGGCAGUCUACUAGCAUAAGUUCAGUCGCAAAUAUUCUACCAAAUGUGAAGAGAACUUCAGUAAAGAAUAUUGAAGACUACAAAAUGGAGCUAGGUGCUCUUAAGGGAUUAGCUAAAUAAACUGAAUAAAAAUUCUAUCAGGACAGAAAGCUCAAGGCAGUGUCCUUUAGUCAUUAACUCAUCAGUUAAGAGUAUAAAAAUAAGGGAGGAGAAGAUAUUUGGGAAACAUCAAAGACCUAGUCAAAAGAAAAGUGAAUUGAUGAAAUAAAAUUCAUAAAAUCCCAGCUUUAAAGAAGAUCUGAUCUUUAAGGCCAGAGUUGAGAAAUAAUUGAUUGAGGGACAAAAGACAUUCCAUGCCAAAACAGUUUGCUAUAAACCAUCCUAAUGCUUUGAAGGGAGGUUCCUCAAUUAUCAAAAAGCAACAGAUCAGUAAGAAGAAGUUGAAGGACAAAGAGACUUUAGAUUUUAAAGAAGUUGGCCCUUGGGAAAGUGGUAGCGAAUCUUACUCUGAUUUUUAA